AUGCCGAUCAUCAAUGAGCGCGACUUCCCGCUACUUCCGUCACAAGAUGCAAAGCGUCGACGCGCUACCAAGCGUAAACUCAAGAACAAUGGCUUGAGAUCUCGUACAGCUAAGUCGCUUGCGACGUUGACUGAUCUUCCUGAUGAGUUGAUUCUUGAAAUACUGGGCUACCUACCAGGUAUAGACCUCAACCAAUUCCAACUUCCUACACUGGUCAAUUUGGCAUUGACCAGUCGGCGCUUUUACCGGAUUGUCGUUGAUAUGCUCUAUACUAAGUACAAUAGCCAUUUCUGCGAGCCUUACACUUUUCUUCGUACUAUGAUUCUUAAUCCGCAGCUUGCGGAAUUUGUUCACGAUGUGGACAUCACAUUCGGCCUGUGGACAUGUCGCAAGGGUCGGCGUUAUGCUCCAACUGCGAAGGACAAGAAAACUAUUAAAGAAGGACUGCGCGCGCUUGGUACGUCGGACUGGAAAGAAUGGGCGACUCAAUGCAACGAAGACCGUAGUAACGACGAAGCAUUGCAAAACGCGAUGUUAUUGCAUAUCCCGAAUAUCACACAUCUCAGCAUCUUAGACAUCGCAAGAGAUCGAUCGCGACGCCGCGCCUGGUUCGAUCUCAUAAGCAAGGCGGCAGCGGGUACUCUAUCCAGACAGACUCAUCGGUUCGAACAUCUACGAUCAAUCAAACUUGAAGCAAGAACGACAUCCUUGAGUGACAUCGCACCUUUGUUCCGACUUCAAUCAUUACGAAAGCUGCAAUUGCGCGAGGUUCACGGAUAUGGUAUGGCGGAUUGCAACAUAUGCGCAAGUCAUCGCGAACACGGCGAAAGAACGGCACUCAAACUGCAGCGUCUUAUUCCCCAAGCCUGUAACGAUCUGGACGAGCUUGAACUGGAAUGUACCUACUACACUAAGUUUCUUCUGGAAGUGUUGAUCUCAUCAGCACGGUGCCUAAAGACAUUCAGAUACGAUGUAUGUCUAGAUCACCUGUCAGACUCGCCGAUACCAAACGGAGACCGACUGAAGACGUUGUGUGAAGCCUUGGAUAGUCAAAAGGCCUCCUUAGAGACCCUUUACAUCUUCUGCGACUCGAUCGCAGAAGAAAGGACACAUAGCGGAAUUCAUCUUCGUGACAGCCUCGAAGGCUUUGUGUCGCUAAAGGAGCUUAGCUGCCCAUUAGGAAUGAUGAUGAGUAGAGUCUCCGACACAAUCACGGAAAGAUUGCCUGUGUCGCUGCUGACGUUUCGAACGCCUGUUCGACCUUCUACGGACGACCAACACUACCUUCAAGCUCUGGACAAUGUGGCCUCUUCCUAUCUUGCGCAUGUUCCUCGAUUGAAGGAGGUUCGAGUUGUAGUCUCAUCGUUCGCGAUGUAUGAUUGGCAACGCCUUGUUGAACUCUUUUCGGUUGAAAAAGGCAUAAAUUUUGUAGUGGAACGAGACGACGAGGACGCGGACUUUUCUGAUUGGAAAGAUGACUCAACAGAUUCAUCACGUUCGUCACAUGAAAUCGAUCUGUAUAGCGAUCAUGAUUAA